AAUGCUGCUUCUGGGAUGGCUGUGCAUGAUGACUGUAAGCUGAAGUUUUUGGAAUUAAAAUCAAAGAGAAAUUACAGAUACAUCAUUUUCAAAAUUGAGUCUCAACAAGUGGUGGUGGAGAAGCUUGGGGGCACUGAAGAAAGCUAUGAAGAUUUCACUAACUCUCUACCUGCAGAUGAAUGCCGCUAUACUGUCUUUGAUUUUGACUUCAUAACAACUGAAAAUUGCCAGAAAAGCAAGAUUUUCUUUAUCGCUUGGUUUCCUGAUACAUCAAAGGUGAGGAUGAAGAUGGUAUACGCGAGCUCAAAGGAUAGAUUCAAGAGAGAACUAGAUGUAAUUCAAGUUGAACUGCAAGCAACGGAUCCUAGCAAAAUGAGCCUUGAAAUUAUAGAGUCGCGAGCACUUUGAAUCUCAUCAUAUAUACGCACCCAUCUGUAGCCUCCCCUUAUUAAUUUCCCCUUAAGACUCAGAUUGACUAUCUCCUCCUCAGGAGAUGCGACAGAAGGUUGUGCGAGGACUGCA